AUGCAGCCCAGUAGUUGCCCGCACGCCGCCCACGAGGAGGGCGUAGCCAACCAUCGGUUCGAUCCCCAUAACCUUGAAGACUGUAAAUCCUUCACCUUCGAAAACUGUUUGCAGCUUAUUGUUGCGGGAUCCAUCGACCCGGCAGAGACGGACACCCAGGUUGCAGUGGAUCCUCCGGCAAGCAGCAGUAUUCGGGGCAAAGGGCUCGGAACACGUGCUGCUGAGACGAAAGCCUUGCAACCUGCCAAAGCACUCUUUGAGGAGCCGAAGACCCAGACAACCCAAGCUUUUCAACCUGCUGCAGCCGAACAGUCCAAAGCACCGCCCGGGCAACCGAAGACCCAGACGACCGAAGCCUUGCAACCUGCUGCUCCAGCCGAACAGUCCAAAGCACUCUUUGAGGAGCCGAAGACCCAGACAACCCAAGCUUUGCAACCUGCUUCAGCCGAACAGUCCAAAGCACUCUUUGAGGAGCCGAAGACCCAGACAACCCAAGCUUUGCAACCUGCUGCUCCAGCCGAACAGUCCAAAGCAGUCCCCGAGGAGCCGAAGACACAAACAACGAAAGCCUUGCAACCUGCUGAAGCCCUCCCCGAGAAACCGAAGACCCAGACGACCGAGACCUCGCAACCUGGUGCUUCUUUACCCCUCGAUGGGCAGCCUGAGCACACGCACGGCCACGAUGAUGGCUCCGAGUCAAGCAGAUCCUUGAACCUCUUCGAUGCCAAGGCCUGUUGGGCAGAGUUGAGUAUUCAGGAGAUCUUGAGGCGACGGGAUCAACGUGACUUUGAGGAGCCAGAGGAGCCUGAAGAGCAGGAUGAGCCCCGAGGAGGUUCGCGAGGAUCAGCGGCAGAGAAUGAUGCUCCCGGCACGAAGACAUUUGCAAAGCGAUCCUGCCCCCCGAAGCCGGGGCCGGGCCUUGAGAAAUGGGUUGCCCUCAAGGAGGUCUUUGAGAGCCAGUUGGCUCCCAAGUUUCGCUUCCCUACCAAGUACGAGGACUGCUACUCGAAUUUGGGGUUUGAGGCUUGA